UGGCUCAGUUGAAACAUCACAACGUUCACGAGUGGAGCGUUAGUGCGGAUGUGCGGCUGCGCGUUGACAACAUUGUUUGGCAGAAGUCAGUAAAUUAUUUAUAGCGGAUAUUUCCGGCUAGAAUUCAUAAAACGAAAGAAAACAAAUAAAAGAAUUUUUAUUUACGGCACUGUGCUGCAAUAGUUUGUGUACAUUGUUGUUUGUAUGAAACUGUUUUUUUAUCGCAAAUGCCGUGGCACUGUGUUUCGAUCGGGGACGCAUGCGUAACGUUUUGGCUUGGAACGUAAAAUAUUUUGGCGCAACCAAAAGCUAUAACUACCGCACCUGCAAAGGCAACAACAGAUACGAUUCUGCGCUUGUGACUGAGUGUGGGUAUUACAAGUUUCACACAUGUCUGAUAACGGCGUGAAAACACUUGGGGCCGUAGAUCAGAUAGUCUCUAUUCUCUACAUUUGAAGUGAAGUAAACUUGAAUGACGUUGGAAGUGGCCAAUAGCGAAAUGAGCCGUUUGCAUGAAAUAGUACAUCCUGUCAAAAAGGAAUUUCGUCGGGAUAAGUGCGGAUUCGAUCACACGCCGGCGGAUGAUUUUGUAAAGUCACAAUGGCAGAGUCGCACCAAAAGUGUUGCAUAUUUAAUUUAUCGUUGGCUUAUUGCGCUGUUUUUCACCGCCGUCGUCAUAGAUUCGAUGCUCGAGAAAGAGGAGGGUUCAUCGACGAACUUUUGGCUGUACUUUAUUUACCUGACAAACUGGGGGGUCAUGCUAUGUAUGUUUACAAAUAUAUUGGGUGCAAUAUUAGUGACCACAUGGCACUUUCAUCCCGAGUACGCGGAUAAACUACUGAAUCUGGAGUCACUGACUAGUCCAUUCGUUAUUUAUUGGAGCAUGCACAUAAUUUCUCUAGUCCUUUCAAUAGUGAUAACCGUAAUUUAUUGGAGCGUUCUUUAUAAUGCUGCAGAGAGUUCAUUAAACGCCACCAAUGUGCUGACACACGCCUUCAAUUCCAUUUUCAUGUUCAUAGAUUUGCUGAUUGUGGCGCAUCCACUACGGCUGCUACACAUGUUUUUGCCAGUAUUAUUUGGUCUAAUUUUUGCCAUAUUCUCUGUAAUAUAUCAGAAAUGCGGCGGCUUGAACAGGAGAGGUAAACCUUAUAUUUAUCACGUGAUCGAUUGGCGUCAACCGUUGAGCGCGACCUUUGUAGUGGCUGGUGUACUGCUACUUACCUGCUGCAUCUACAUUGUGCUCUUCACCAUCUACAAGUUGCGCACUUUACUCUACAGACGUAUCAACAAAGCAUGCUACUAUUUCCCAACAACAAUGCCGAACACUGUGAGUGCAAGUGUAGAAAAGUCAGCAAAUGGCACUUUACCUAAAACGGUUAAAGGCACCGGUAUUCAACACUCACCCUCGGGCAUCUCAAUGGUAUUGGGCAAUUUCAAUGCCGACUGGCUAUCAUAAUCAGGUGUUUACGACAAGCAACGAGAAGUUGGAUAAGUAUUAAGUGGUGAUUGGGGGGAAAUAGGGGAAUUUAGUGCAAAUAUCUACAUACGAGUAUGUUGUAGUAAAUAAAAGUAGUUAAACACUGUUUUAUUUGUACAUAAUUGGCAUUUAAAUAAAACUAGCGGUAGUGUAAAAAUCUAAA